UCAGUGUUGUUCAGAGGUUCAGACCUGCAGUCAUGGGCGCUCUGAGCAAAAUACCACACAACUGCUACGAGAUCGGUCACACAUGGACCCCGUCGUGUGCGCAGGCUGCCGUGGACAUAACCCGGGGGGCUCUGGAGGUCUCCUUCAAAAUAUACGCUCCUCUCUACCUGAUUGCAGCGAUUCUUAGGAGAAGGAAGAAGGACUAUUAUUUAAAAAGGCUUCUACCUGAGAUCCUGUGGUCUACCUCUUUCCUCACUGCCAAUGGAGGUCUCUACAUUGUUUUCUUCUGCAUCAUCAGGAAGCUGUUGGGAGGGUUCAACUCCUGGUCUGUCGGGUUUGGCUCGGCACUGCCUGCCUCCUACAUCGCUAUCCUCUUGGAGCGCAAGAGCAGGAGAGGACUGCUGACCAUAUACAUGACAAAUCUCGCCACGGAGACGUUGUUCCGCAUGGCCGUAACACGAGGCAUCGUCAGACCCAUCAGACAUGGCGAGGUGCUGUUGUUCUGCAUAACUUCCUCCCUCUACAUGUACUUCUUCAGGAGUAAAGAUGGUCUGAAAGGCUUUGCAUUCUCUGCACUGAAGUUCAUCAUCGGGAAAGAAGAGAUUCCAACUCACCCUGUCUCGGCAGAACUUGUUGGCACCCGACCCCUCGAGAGGACAGCCGCCAUAGAGACGGAGGAUUCACAACCAUCAGCAGGAAGUCCAAGCUCCAGGAGGAAAACUCUGGUGGCCUACACCAGGGAGCUGCUAGAAUCAAUAUGCAAACAUGGUCCAAGACACAGAUGUUGUAAACAUAACCAAGACAACUGCAUUUCAUACUGUCUAAAGGGCUUCAUCAGGAUGUUCAGUGUUGGCUACCUGAUUCAGUGCUGUCUUAAAGUGCCCUCAGCGUUCAGGCAGAUGUUCUCCAAACCAUCAUGUCUGCCCUCUCUUUUCUACAACAAGGAGAACUUCCAGCUCGGGGCGUUUCUGGGAUCUUUCGUCAGUAUCUACAAGGGGACCAGCUGCUUGCUGCGCUGGCUGCGUAACAUUGACGAUGAACUCCAUGCACUAAUAGCAGGCUUCCUGGCUGGUUUGUCAAUGUUCUUCUACAAAAGCACAUCAAUAUCCAUGUAUCUCUUCUCUAAGCUGGUGGAGACCAUGUACUUCAAGGGCAUUGAGGCCGGCCGGUUCCCAUACUUUCCUCAUGCAGACACAGUCUUAUACGCCAUUUCCACUGCUAUAUGUUUCCAAGCUGCUGUUAUGGAAGUGCAGAACCUCAGGCCUUCGUACUGGAAGUUCCUGCUGCGUUUAACAAAGGGCAGGUUUGCCCUCAUGAACCGACACGUGUUAGAUGUGUUCGGGACCCAUGCCUCCAGGGACAUGAAAGGCUUUGUGCCCAAACUGGACCCUCGAUUCACCACGAUGCUUCCACCUGGAGUCGACUUCCAACUGGGAUGACUUGGUUCCAGGCUCAGGGAAGGAGCUGUAGGUUUACCUCAACAGGAAACGGGACAGUUUGCUUGUUCUUUCUGAGCGACUUUUUUUUUUUUUUAAAGGUCUUAUGACUGCUCAGAAGUAGUGAUGUUCUUUUAUGAGAUGGGAUUUACUUUGAAGGUGCAAAAGUCCAAGACCUGUCCAAAUCAGGGCGUCGUGGGUAAAAGGUGUUGUCUUUAUCAAGAUCCUUUACUGAUUUGAGUUGUACGUUCGCAGGUAAUUGGUGAAAGAACUGAGAUGGACAAGUUUGGAAGAUUGAGAUUGAAAUCCAAAUUGACAAGUAUAUUAACAGUAUCUUAAGUCCCUAUGCAUCCCUUCACUGUACAAUACAAAUUAUAAUGUAAUAAUGAUAUUAAUGUUCAAGAAGGUUUGUGCAGGGGCGUUGCACCAGGGUGGACAAGGCAGGCAAUUUACUUGGGCCCCUAACCUGAGAGGCGGGGCUCUGAGAACAGUUGACUACAUAUGUCCACAACAAUUAUAAUUGUGUGGGUCCCCAGUAGUAGUAAGAAAUGGAUCAGUUCACCCAGACCACAAAAAAAAGCUAAAUUUGAUUUAGUGGAAUAUAAAAACUACACUUAGCAUGCAGUGAAUUUUAUUUUUAUCCUGAAAUCUUUAUGUUUCUUCGUUUUUGUUAAGUUACCUGUAGGUUGGCAGCGUCAGAACUCUGGUUACUCUGGUUAUGGUUACUUGGCAGUCAGAGGGGGAAACUCACUAAUCCUUUAGCAACAAACACAGUGAUGCCUGAUUUUAAUUUGGAUUUCAGAGGACCUGUAUGAAUGUGAACUUUUUCAAGACAAUGGGUGCAACUGAUGAUAUAUAAUUAUCUAGCCUUAUCAUAUACUUUUAGAAGACAAGGAGAGAUCGUUUAGAUUGUGUUCUGUGAUGUGAAACAUGGACAUGUGAAGUUGCUGUUAAACUUACAUUUUUCAUAGCUUAACUGAUUUUCUUUCCAAUUUCUUUUUUUUAACAGCACUUGACAGUAGACAUUUCAAUUGGUGAGUAGUACAGCUCAUUAGGUGGGAAAAUACCAGUAAUUUUAUAUUCAAGACACAAAAAUAGUAGUUAGAGCAAAAGGAAACAAUAAAUCGAUUGUUAAACCCUAUUGAUUCCACCCUUGUGUGGACAGGUUAUGGGUAAAUCAUGUUUAGGCAGGAAAUCAGACUGUUUGCACAGUACAGAUCACUAACCUGAUUACUUCAAAGUUACAGUUUGCAGGUUGUCAUUAAUCACAUUUAUCUUAAAUGUACUAAAGGUUAAUGUUAUACAAGAAACAUUUAAUCACACUGUGUGUAUUUGGUGUCUGCCUCAGACUUUGAUUUUGCAAACUAACUCAUUGUGAAUCAUUUAUUUUCAUUCCAAAUUAGGUCUGAUUUAGGAUUUAAUGACUUUUGUGACAUGGACAUGAAUCUACAUGGUUUUUCUAUCACUCCCACUGCCUUUGUGUUAGAAUGAAGCUUUUGUAAAAUGUCACAGUUUUGCAUAUGGUUGAAUUCAAAUAAUGAGGCCUCUAUCCACUGAUGCUUCACAGUAAAGUGCAAAUGUAUUCGAGAGUAAAGUAUUAGAAACCUGAUACUUUAUAGAGGAUAAAUUGGCCAAAUCACAGUUUAAUGCAGAAAGCCAUAUUUAAACCAACCUAUAUAAUUUUGCAAGUGUUCUAACAAGAAAAAAAUAAUCCUCCCAUAUUUAAGAAAUAAAUUUCUUUAAUCAACCUGAACCAUCAUUUUCAUUUUAUUUUCUGAAGGUGAUUGGGUUAAAUAUUACUUCAAUAUUUGAUAUCCACUAAUAGAAAUCAUUAACAGAGAUUGAAUUAAAUAUGUUUGUAUCACAUGAAAAAUAAAUACAUAGUGUUGGUUGUUUGAAUUUCAAUUGAUGCUAACUGGAAAUUCCAAGAUAAAUUCUGUUACUCAAAAUCUACGUUGAUUGAAAUGUUUUUUACUGAAGAAGUUAGUGCUGCAUCAAACGUUUAGUGUCUGAAUUAAUGUGGACAUUUGGGAAUUCUGUGGCUCGAGUCAUAUUUCAGUGCUCAACACAAAUUGGAGAUUCAUGACACAAAUUGACCGCUUCAUUCCAGAUGUGAUUUCAUAUAACUAAGGUGUAAAGUAGAUUGUUGUAGGAAACUCAUAGUUGUGUUUACUUCAGUGUUUUGACUUCAGUUGUUCAACCCAGCUUUAGACACAUCUGACCUCCACACCAUAAGCAAUGAUUGUAAACAAAUAUACAAUGCAACCUUCUUGUUUGAGCCUAAGGCAGUGAAAGAGUGAGAUAAUAACAAUCUAUCAUAUUUAAUUGAAAUACAACCCUCUUCAUAUGUAUUUGUUUUUUGUAAGAAGGUGUAUAUUAAAAUAUUUUUCGAUUCCAA